CUCGGGGUGAGCGUUACAGAGGUUCAUUCACAGAUUCUGAUUACUUCGUACGGAAAAAUACGAAGACAAAAGCGUGUAAGUGCAAAUUUAAAAUUAUUGUCAAAUUAGGAAAGACUGCAUGGUUUAUACUUACAGAUCCUGGUAUUUCGAGUACACACAACCAUGCUCUAGCUGUGUAUCCUGAAGGAUACCGUUAGAUGAGUGGGCUGAGUGGCGAGGCGAAAGAAAUUGUGCGAGAUAUGAGUGCGGCACAAGCGAAGCCGUGUUCUAUCAUGGCAGCUUUAAAAGAAAAAGUACCAUCUGACAACCCUACAAUAAAGCAAGUGUACAACUAUAGAGAGACUUUGAGAAAGUCUAGCUUUGAGGGUAGAGAUGUGGUUGGGCAAUUUUAUCACAUGGCUCAGCAAAAUGAUUAUGUACACUGGACUCUUGCUGAGGAGGAUACAGGUGUGUUGACCCAUAUUUUCAUGGCUCAUCCUGAUUCAGUGAGACUACUUCGUACGUACUACUGGAUCAUCGGCAUGGACUCCACGUAUAAGACGAACAAGUACAGGCUGCCUUUUUUUGAGAUUAUUGGAAUGACUCCUUGCAACAAGAACUUCAUAAUUGCAUAUGCAAUUAUGAAGGAUGAGACUGAAGGGAGCUACAGAUGGGUAUUGGAGAGACUGAGGUGCUUGAUUGGGGAACAUAUUCAUCCGAGCGCUAUUCUUACUGAUCGAGAAUUGGGGCUUAUCAGACCAGUGUCAGAGGUUUUCCCACGUUCUUCUCAUCUACUAUGUACGUGGCACAUAAAUAAGGAUGUAGAAGAUAGAGUGUACAGAAUUAGUGGGAAAAACCAAGAGUUUGCUGAAAUUUUCAAGAAUAGUACAUGGAAGAAAAUUAUCAGAGCGCCAACUUUUGAUCAAUAUAACAUAGUUGUGGAGCACUUCAGAGAUCGGUUUAAAGGUUUUCCAGGGUUGAUACAGUACAUUGAGGGGACUUGGCUGGGACACAGAGAGAAGUUUGUAUCUUGCUGGACGGACUUAGUCCUACAUUUUGGAAACACCGCCACAUGUAGAGUCGAGAGCGCACAUGCUCAGCUUAAGCAGUGGCUCAACUCUAGCACCGGUGCUCUGGACACAGUCUGGACGAAGGUCGACAAAGUUAUACAGUCGCAGCUGACAGAUAUCCGCAAAACACUUGAGGACUCCAGACGGACUAUUGGCGUACAUCAACGCGGUUUUCCAUUUGAUAAGCUCUCAUGCAGAGUGUCGCAUUACUGUCUGGAUUUAAUAUCGAAAGAACUAAGGCGUAUGCGAGAAUUGAGUACCGAUGUCUACGAUCGCUGUGGUUGUGUGGUUAGAUCAACACAUCAGAUCCCCUGUGCAUGUGAGCUGCGAGCGGUGGUCGAUUCAGGUAUCACGCACCACUUUCAUUGA